UCCAUAAAAAUGUCAAAGUCUUAUUGUGAUGUGUAAACAUAAAAAAAUUAAAGGAGUCGCAAAUCUAAACGUAAACAAGAGUUUAAAUUGUGCAUACCCCUGAAAGUAAUUCCCACGUGAAGCAAAGAUAUUGGAUUCAGUAUUAGAGUCGAAGAAAAUCAUUCACAGGAACGGUUGGUUGAGGAACCCUCAAAAAUAAGAUUCGAAUUCACAUUCACACAAGAUGGGAGAAAACGGAGGUGGUGGUGUCUAUGCUGCGGAAAAAAUCAUUCAGAAACGUAUCCGAAAAGGGAAAGUAGAAUAUCGAGUAAAAUGGCAAGAUUGGACGCCACGCUACAACACUUGGGAGCCAGAGGAGAAUAUCCUUGACACCCGCCUGAUUCAAAUGUUCGAACGAUCGAAUGCCGCAUCACCAUUGAAACGAGGUCCAAAAAAGAAAGAACGACACUUGGAACCGGACCCAGAAUCAGAAGAUGACGAUACGGAAACCAAUGCAGAUGACAAUAAAUCGAAUGUUCCCGUCGAGAAACUUAUCAUCAAGCAAGGGGACAGAAAAGACCCUAUGAAAGAAGUGACAGUUGAAACGGGGAAAUCAAAUGACGACUCAGAAAAAGACCAAGGUGAGAAACCGUCAUCGAGUAAAUCGCGACCAAGAUCACCAAUACCUGAACGUCUGCCUAACUUGAACGUAGCUGUUACCAUCUCGCCUUUACUAAUGGAAGGUGACACAAAUUCAAAUAGCAGUGAAGAUCAACCGCUUCGUCAAAAAGAAGUCUGUGGCACCAAGCGUAAGGCCGAAGUCCUGUCCAAGGAAUCAGGCAAAAUCGGAGUUACAAUCAAAACAUCUCCCGAAGUGCAGCCUCCAGCCAAAAUAAUGAGUCUGGAAAUUGCAACAUCGUCAGUGACAGCACCAGCCGAAUCAGCACCAUUAUCGCCCGAAACUCCCGCAUCACAUCCAGAAUCGGAUACCCCGCCCGAAGGGCCAACAACAGUCGCAGAAAUACCAGCAAAUGAAGUACGUCCGCCCGAUGACGAGCAUAAAGAAUGCAAAUCUAUCAACAGAACUAUUCCCCUACAUCCAGUUUCGCCAAGAGCACCUCCAAGACUAUGGUUCCCCAAUGCACGCACAUGUGAUCAGAUUUUCAUCACCGAUGUUACAGUGAAUUUAGAAACGGUGACGAUUCGUGAGUGCAAAAAGGAAAGGGGAUUUUUUCGAGCGCGGAAUUUAACAAACGAUUUGUGUUAAGCAAAAGAUGGUGUUGACGAGGUCGUAUGUUUAAGUGGUCUGUUAGUGAUAGGCAUUCAACACAAAAUUUUUACUUUGGGUUACAAUUCGUUCAGCGAAUGACAACCUUAUGAUGGCACUUAUGGUAGGCGCAUCAGUCCUGGGACAUGUAUGACUUGUCAGACACCUAUUGUUCUCUCAUUCAUAAAAAUGUUUAUGAAUGAAAGAACAAUAGAUCAUAGAUGUCUGACGCCGCAUACACAUGCCCGAUGACUGGUUCGCUUACUACACUUUUAAUCGGUUUCAAUGUACAACAAUUGUUUGAAUUCACUUUAAAUUGUGAAAGAAUUUCGGAUUUCAGUUUUGGCUGUAUGAAGUUGGCUUCUACUAUAGUGUCAUGGUGCAGACAAAGUGAUUGUCAAAUUCAUUCGAAUGAACGGUUUUUAAUGAACAAAAGGUAAUAUUUAGCUAGUUAGUUAACUUCUCAAAUUUGAAUUCUUAAGUUUUUUUUUAAAUCUCUCUCUACUUGGAAGGAUUAAAUGCCUUCCAAGCAUAUACCAUCAUCAUGGAAUAUUAAUUAGAGUAGUACGAUUUUCAACAGAUAAAAGUCUAUUGUCACAAGUCGUAAAUCUCUGUAAGCA